AUGGGAAAACCAAAGAAAAAGAUCCCUAAAGUUACACCGCCCGCCCCAUACGUGCCACUGAAAGAAGAUGAGAUUGACUACGGAAAGCUAGAGAAAGCUGUAAGUUCGGGGGCGGCCGAAAUUGUCUACAUGAUUCGUACGCAGAUGAAAGUGAAGAUGUGUUGUCGUGUAUGCGGUAAAGAAUGUACUUCAAUGGCAGAAAUGAUUACGCAUAAAAGGAAGGAUUGUCGAACAAAGAUGGAUACAUCAGGAAGCGUGGCAUUGGCGCAAGCGUUAGAAGGCAUUGCUGAUGGUAAUGAGGAACUAAAAGAACAGUUAACGAAAAUCCUUCAACACCCGCCAAAAUCUAAAAACAGCCGAGACAUGGUGGCUGCUGUUGAUCGAGGGAUUGAGAAGAAUGCCAGCACCAUCCUUCGAAAAGUCCCGGAUUCCACCAAAUUCCAUAAGGGAUAUCAAAUUUGCCCCACUCCGUACGCAGGUGAUGUGUAUCGCAAGGAUCGUCCGGUUGAUGAGAAGAACGAAUUGACAAUGAUUGGAAUGCCUUCCUUAAAAACUAUUGGGAGCAAUGAGAUUGGCCUUCGAUCGAAAGGACGUUUGGAAUUGGCGAGGGAAGGUGAUAAAACUGAGUUUCCAUUACUUGAUCGCAUCACCGAUCAUCCAUCAGCCAGUCACUACGCCGACUUUGUAACGUUCAAAUGCCUACACGAGGAUUGCGCUGCGGAACCCGAAUUCGCUGAUAUGGAAGUCCUUGCCUAUCACGUUACUGCAGCUCAUCCACUCGCGCAUGAUAUGUUCCAAUGCUUGGUUUGUGGAAACGUGAAAGACGAUUACAAAGAGCUGAAGAAGCACGUGGAAGAAACGCAUUCGGACCUGCUUUGGCGUCACAAACAGCAACGCAUGCGGAUUUCCAAAUUCAAGAAGUAUCAAGAGGAGCAAGAUGCUAUGCGGUUCUCAUCAGAAGACCCGAAGGAAAGGAGGACGCGUAUGAAGCGCUCUGCGGUACGUAAGAAGGCACCCAGCAAAUUUGUGAUUCCUGAUGAACUCCGAGAUAAGUACCACAGCGGCGAUGAAGAAGAUCAUCGGCAGCGCAAAAUGAUGGACAUGUUUGAAUACCACGCAACUCUUCCAAAACCCAUACCGGCCGUCCAAGCCAUGAAUUCAGGCGAGCAAAAUGUACACACGUGGAAUAUUGAACGGGAGAUCCCAGAAGAGAAUUAUGACGAGAAUCAAAAAGCUCUGGAAGCGGCAUUCAGUUGGCUGGCAAAGAUGGAAGAAGACCUGAAAAAUGCCCCGGCAGCCCCAAAGGACGUUGAGCCAACACCGACGUUAAAAAAAGAGCCCACCAUGCGACGCAUCCCUCCCCCAAGAAACUUCCGGCGCAUUCCCGAAAAGGCCGAAGUUAGUGAGACGGACGAAGUGAGAAAGGAAUCUCCUUCAAGUGUCCGAGAUAUGCCUGAAUUGGACGGCCCACCAAUUCUCGAAGAGGAAUUGCAAGCUAAUUGUUCUGAACUUGCUCCAAGCAAUACCGAUUCGGAACGGAGCGAAGAGCACGAUAUGGAGGACCUUUCUGGCCCUCCUCCACUGGGAGAGCCUCUCCAUAUCGUCGUUGAUGAACAUGAAUUUCCGACAUCAUCUGAAACCUCUCCGUCAGGCCUUUUCAAUUGUCAGCUUACCCCACGUGCUUCCAUCAAACGUACGCCUCAGAAACGGAAAAAGCUCAAGCAUUUCCUGCGGUCCCCAUUUGAUAAGAAAAAGACCGAGCCAGAAACUGAUGAAAUCGUGAUAGCUUCGAUAAUGAAAAAGAUGCUCUUCAAAAUCGAGAAGAAAGAAGUGCGUGAUGAAUAUCGAAAGAUAUUCACGAAACCAUCGCCGAAGUCUUGUAUAUCGCCUGAGAAAGAGAAGCCGAGACCCAAGCGCAAUCGUCAUUCUAACACGCGACUUGACUAUGACGACCUUGUGGUUGCUACACAUGCCAAAGUUUCUCCUGAAAAUUCUCGCUCGACGCCACUUCGAACCCCGAAGGCGAAGUUCUUGCAGAAGUCGCCGAAUCCCGCGGUUAACAACCAACACCUUGCGCGAAAUACUCCUCAAGGCUUCGUCGGCACUAAAACAGCACAUACGCCCGAGCCAUCAAAGCGUACGAUGCGUCUUGGGACAAGGUCCAACCGCGCUACUCCGGCUGUCGAUGCAGGAGCCCCGGAUUUGAAACCUGAGCUUCCGAAGAUCCAAGCGAAAAAGGCAACUCUUCCAGCGAGAGGACUACGAAAAAGUGUACCAGAGAUUAAGCAAGAGGUGGACACGGAAGAAGUGAUGCUCGUUCCUAGUGAUGCUCGAAAGAUUAAACGCGAGCCCGUCGAUGACGAAUCGACAACCCGUGAUGAUAUUGAUGUCUUGAAUCAAGAUGCGAAUGCUGCCUCAAAGGACGAUGUCGAAGUCGCUCAAAAUGCCUCGCAUAACCUGAAGCCUUCUCCAAAAAAGACUGGCCGCCCACCGGGGCGGCCGAAGAAGGCGGCUGUUGUUUAUGCUGUUAGUGAAGAUGGUGCCGAGUCCAACGAUUCUUCUGCGAAUUCAACUCCUUUGCCUCGUAGCUCACGAGCCAGAAAGCGCCCCGGCUGGAUGAGCAACUUCAAAGUGGACGGCGAUUCCGAUCAUGAGUCUCCGUCGACAUCACAGGGUCCGGUCGUGAUGAAAAAGCAAAAGAAAUCUGCAACUCCGUUGAGCCAGGUCAAGAAAGUGCGCGAGAUCAUCCCGCCAAAGGAUUCACCAAAGGAGCAUUCACCGGAAUUGAAUAUGGUCGUUCCGGAUAUUGGAGCAUCAGUUACUGUUGAAAAUGGAGAAGACUAUCACCGCGAAAGCCCAGCACCCGUCCAAAGCCAGAGUGAGAGCAAGAAGGACGAGCCAACUGAAGUCGUCACCAUAGAUGAUGAUUGCGACUCAAACUAUUCUCGGGGUACCUGGGCCAACCGGAAAGGUUUUGUGAUGGUUGAGUUCAACGAGAGUCCUGUCCCCCGACAACGUAAGCAGCUGCUACAAGGAAUCAAGGACGACAACGAAGUGAAAUUGCUGGGACUGAAGCAGAAGACACCGGGCGCGGGUCCCUCGACUUGGGUGAAGAAGGAAAUCCCGGAGACCAAAGACAAAUCACGUGUCGCUGUCUGUCUGACUCCGUACCAGCGUACUCAGCUCUUCUCGCACAUGGAUCCAGCCGAUCCUAGCCAACCAGCAGGGCCUGGCCGAUGUCGUCAUUGCAAUUUCGAGUUCCCGCGGGCUAGAGUUGGCCGUCGACAUAUAAUUGGACACAUUCGUGCGGUUCGCGUGCGGUGUACGCUUUGCAAAGCUGGUUCCUUCUUCAUCUCCGAAAUGCGCAACCAUAUUCUUUUCCGGCACUGUCAAAUGUCACAUCUCCUCCCGCCGGAUUUCAUUACCGAAGAGUCAUCUCCAGCGGACAUGCUGAUUGUGGAUGAUUAUAUCGAAUUCGUGCAUCCGUCGAAGAAUGGUCAUGUGUGCUUUACUACUGGAAAGAUAAUUUCCAUGUCAUCGAUGAAGCCAUACUAUCCGGAUCCACAAAUCGAGGCUAGCAUCGCGGGUACCAUGAUUCCACAGCACCCACUUGAUCUGUCCAAGGCCAAAGAGAUGGAUUUUGCUCUGGCCCUAAAUCAUGGCAAUGUUCUGGCCGCGGCUCGAAAUAAUCAGCCGCAUUUGACGUUGUACGAGGAUAUGCAUAUCCCGGAAAUUACAAUGUUCGCCGAUUUCGAUGCGGCAUAUAUGAUGGAAGUCAAACAAGAAAAGCCACGGCGAUCCCGUGACGACUCUACACUGCCCAACCCAGUUCACCACCCGGCGACUGGCAACAACUUUAACGAAAUC